UAACGCAAGCAAUCCAGAAGCCGAUCCUUAGAAGACAUUUUCAUUGAGAUUUUGUGCGUGUCGGCGUCAGUCUUUUGUAGUCGUCGGCUGCUCCGUUACAACAAGGUUCAUCAAAAUGAGAGGCGGAAUGAGAGGAAGGGGGCGAGCUGGUCGCCCAGGAGGGAUGUUUAAGCCAAAGGUGUUUGUUCCACACCUGCCCUUUGACUUCUACGUGUGUGAGCAGCAGUUUCAGAGGGUAAAACCUGCAGCUGAUGAUAAUGCCCUAACUCAGGCCCUUCUGAAGAAAAACCAGGACCUGACUCCAACAUCUGCAGAGCAAACCUCAAUUCUGAAUCUCAUGAACAAGAUUCAGUCUGUGCUGGACACGCUGAUAGUUUCUCCAAAAACUCUUGAUGCGUGUCAAAUCGAAGAAGUCCGCCAAGUGGGCUCCUUCAAGAAGGGCACCAUGAUGAUAGGCAACAACGUCGCAGACAUCGUCGUCAUUCUGAAGACACUUCCAACAGGUGAAGCAGUCCAAGCUUUGGCAAACAAAGUCCAGGAAGACGUGAAAGCUACGGAUCCCAGCUUAAAAUUAACACAUCAAAUGACAGAAGCUGGCUUCGAUCUCAAGCUUCCCGAUGGUGCCACAGCAAAAGUUUUAAUUAGCACCAUUCUUCAAAACCUGAACAAGUUGGACCCUGAACUGCAUUUGAAGCAGAAGCUUCAGCAGAACCACCUGACUGCGAUCCGGCACUCGCGCUGGUUUGAAGAGAAUGCCCACCACUCGAGCAUCAAGGUGCUGAUCCGCAUCUUGCGGGACCUGCGGAACCGUUUUGAGGGCUUCCAGCCGCUCACACCGUGGAUUAUUGAUCUCCUGGCCCAUUACGCCAUCAUGGUUCACCCAAGCCGACAGCCUCUGCCAAUUAAUAUUGCUUUCAGGCGAGUCUUGCAGCUGCUGGCUGCGGGCUUGUUCCUGCCCGGUUCUGCUGGCAUUCCAGACCCUUGUGAAGGAGGAGGUACUUUCCGGGCACACACUGUCAUGAGCCUCGAGCAGCAGGAUUUAGUCUGCCUGACUGCCCAGAACCUGCUGCGCAUCCUUUCCCAUGGAGGGUACAAAAGCAUCCUGGGAAUUGGCGGACCAAAAAAGGUUGACACAGAGACGACAGUGUUGGAGGGAGUUGUGAUUACGCCACUGAACACUGUGUAUGAGAAGUUCACAGAGAAGAAAGAGGAUGAGGAAAUGGAUCAGGAGGAGGAGGACAAGAUGGAAACACAAGAGCAGUAAUCCUGAGAAAAGAAAGCACUUGGACAUUGACAUCUUCUCCCAUUGGUUUUGUGUUUAAGAACGCUUCCAUCAUCAUCAAACCACACAAGUGGCAUGACCCUCUCUGUUUCGUCAACCGUUGGGCCCAUGAACAGAGAAAUAAAGUAUGCUAUAAAAUCUA